AUCUAGGGCAGGGGGAGACAGACAGCCGAGCAUCCCGGAGGGUGCCCCAAGAGCAGGGCGGCCAGGGGCGGGGAGCCGAGGGGGCGGGCCGGUCAUGUCCCACGGGACCUACUACGAGUGCGAGCCCCGCACCGGCCAGCAGCCACUGGAGUUCUCAGGGGCCCGCGCGGGGCCUGGGGAGCUGGGGGACAUGUGUGAGCAUGAGGCCUCCAUCGACCUGUCUGCCUACAUCGAGUCUGGGGAAGAACAGCUUCUCUCCGACCUCUUCGCCGUGAAGCCGGCCCCUGAGGCCCGAGGCCUUAAGGGCCCCGGGACCCCUGCCUUCCCCCACUACCUGCCGGCUGACCCACGGCCCUUCACCUAUCCCCCACAUACCUUCGGCCCCGACAGGAAGGCCUUGGGGCCUGGCAUCUACAGCAGCCCAGGGAGCUACGACCCCAGGGCUGUGGCCGUGAAGGAGGAGCCUAGGGGGCCCGAGGGCAGCCGGGGGGCCAGCCGCAGCGGCUACAACCCUCUGCAGUACCAAGUGGCACACUGUGGGCAGACAGCCAUGCACCUGCCCCCGGCCCUGGCAGCACCCAGCCAGCCACUGCGCGUCCUCAAGGCCCCUUUGGCCGCUGCCGCGCCCCCCUGCAGCCCGCUCCUCAAGGCUCCCUCCCCCGCGGGCCCCUCACACAAGGGCAAGAAGGCGGUGAACAAAGACAGCCUGGAGUACCGGCUGCGGCGGGAGCGGAACAACAUCGCGGUGCGCAAAAGCCGGGACAAGGCCAAGCGGCGCAUCCUGGAGACACAGCAGAAGGUGCUGGAGUACAUGACCGAGAACGAGCGCCUGCGCAGCCGCGUGGAGCAGCUGACCCAGGAGCUAGACACGCUGCGCAACCUCUUCCGCCAGAUCCCUGAGGCCGCCAACCUCAUCAAGGGCGUGGGGGGCUGCAGCUGAGCCCACCUGGAAGACUGUGGGCCCCAGCUCCCGAGCUCAGCCUGACCCUUCGGACACCCCCGACCUCGCUGGGGCCCCAGAGCCCCUCACAGGCCCAGCCAGAGGCAGAGACCAUGGACAAGUGGCAGCGGGUGGCAAGGAGGGCAGGCCCGGCAUGAUGAUUCUGUGGCUGAAUAAAACUGC